CUCGACCAUUGCCCGUUUUCCUCUGCCCCUCCCUUCGACGUCACGAGUUUCCGAACCUUUCCAUCAUCCAACACUGAAACAGAGACUGCUCACGCGCCCAUCGCACGAUAGCAAUCAAAAUGGCCGACAACGUACCGCCUAGCGUACCUACCAAUAACUCCAAUGCCAAUCCUACCGUGGAUGCUCUCAAAGCCAUCCACUUACCCAACACCGAUCCUUCCGCAAUCGAGCCAACUGACGAUACCUCUCUAGAUGCCGCAUCUGCCUACAACAGUGUCACCAACGGCCCUGUAGCUCAGAACGUCAUGGACCAGUCCGCUAAGACCAAGGACGAGCUUUCCAACCUCGCCGCUUCCCGCCAGCCUCCUAGCUACACAGCUGCCACCGGCCAGCAGCUGACACACUACCAUUCGUUCUUUUCGGAGCUUCUGUCCUGGCGCAACCCUCGAGCUUCGGGCAUUGCCUAUGCCUCCCUCGUGGCCCUCAUCUUCACGUUUAGGUACCUGGAUGUUCUGCGCUGGGGGCUCAAGCUCACUUGGAUGGCUCUUGGCAUUACCGUCGCCGCUGAGGUCGCUGGAAAGGUUGUCCUGAACAAUGGCUUCGCGACACAGCUGCGCCCCCGCAAGUACUACACGAUCCCGCGCGAGACACUUGAUGCCGCGAUUGGAGAUGUCCAUGAGCUCAUCAACUUCUUCGUCAUCGAGGCCCAGCGCGUGCUGUUCGCCGAGAACGUCUACGUUUCCGCUGCUGCUGCUCUUUCUGCCUUCAUCUCAUACUUCCUCAUCAAGAUCGUCCCCUACUGGGGCCUGGCUGUGAUCGGCACUACAUUGCUCUUCUUUGCGCCACUCAUCUACAACAGCAACAAGGAGCUCAUCGACGCGCAGCUCCAGCACGCCGGUGAGAUCGUCAGCGCCCAAACGGCCCAGCUCCGCUCGGCCGCCCAGAAGAGCACCGAGCAGGCCACCCAGGUCACCAAGCAGUACAUGGGCGACUACACCGCCAAGGCCCAGUCCCUGAUCAAGAAGGGCGCCCACCAGACUCAGGACUAUACCGCUAAGGCCCAGUCAGUUGGCCAGGACUACACCGCCAAGGCCCAGUCUCUGACUCAGGACUACGCUGCCAAGGCCCAGUCGCUGAUGGGAAAGGGCGCCCAGAAGACUGAGCAGACUGCCCAGCAAGCGAAGGAGACUCUCAAGCCUACUGACUUCCCUGCCGCUCCCAAGGACGAUAUUAAGACCUCUGUACCUGAGUCCAAGAACGAGCCGGAGCCUGCCAUCAAGCAUCCCGGCGGCCCUUCCUUCCCGAUCGCCGCCUAAACAGGAGAUAUUGCUUGCUGACGAUUGUAUUUUAUGAGUGCUGGGUCAGCACACUACAAUACGCCCAACAGCAGCAUAAGGAGAGUGGUUUCCUCAAAAAGGAUGGCGAUGAAAGAGAGCCGAAGUAAAACCAGACUGGUAACCGGGCCGAAGAGUGAUUAGGGGUCUGCGGUGUUCUCAUAGUUCCUCUGGUCGAUGCACGGGUAUGGAAAUUCCAGGCUUGUUGGCAGGAUGGAUGCACACAUGCAUGAAUCAAUGAAUGGGCGGAGUAUUGUAUGGCAAUAAAGUUUUUAGUUUUCUUCUGCUCUCUUUCCUUUCCUAACCUCAACGUUUGACUCGGAUAUUAUAAGGGUAUGUGAUGAGUUCUGAAGUUUGUCAGUCUUGCGGGAUACGACAGGUUGGAGACUGUGUUCUACCUAGGCGUUCUGUUCUAUUAUGCUCGGUGAAUUCAAUAUUCAUAGCAUGCAGUAACGUUACGUCUG